CAAUUACAUCACAUAAAAUAUUUUCUUUAAACAAAAUUAAGUGAAAAAGUCCAAUACUUGAUUUUUUUUUUUCACCAAAAGUACUCCCCCUUCUCUAGACCCCUAGUAACUCCUACUACUAGGGACAAAUAACAAAACAAAAAUAACAAAAAAGUCUCAUAACAAAAUAACAAUUUGCUUUUUACACACUCAAAAACCUUAUAGUAUUAAAAUAAAAAUAAAAAUCUCAUCUUUAUUAUUUCUCUUGCUCUAUAGUCUAGUGAAAUAGUGUAUAGUCUUAUUAUCCCACCCCUCCCCCACCUCCACUGUCUGAAUUUUGGAAGUUUAAACUGUGGCUCCUCCCGCUCCUCCCGCUCCUCUUUUUCUCUCUCCUCUUUUCUUCAAACUUCAACUUCACCUUCAACUUCAACCCUUUUUUAUUUAUCAUACCCACCCACUUUUUUCUCCCUUUCUUUCUCUCUCUCUUUCUUUCUUUCUCCGCUCUUAUACUUCAAAUCUUUUUGAAUGAUCCAUUUCUACAAAACCCUAAUCGUAAAUUGAACAAUAAUCAUCGCCUCUAAAUUAUUGAUUAUUAAUUUUUUAUUUUUAAGAAAAAAUUGUUCUGGGGUUUUUUUCGGUUUUUUUUUAAUCUUGGAGCUUCUGGUUCUGUGUGUCUCAUUCUCUUCUCAUUAAAAUUUGAGAUUGAGGCAUACAGUGCUCUUCUACAAGGUCGACAUGAACAAGGAAAACCUAGUUGCGACCAAAGUAGAAGGGCCUACUCCUCGCAUAACAAGAGCACGGGCUAAAGCUCUUGGUACAUCAGGAAGGUUGAUCCAGAAGCCUCCUCGGCCUGACCAGAGUAGAGUUCUUAAAGCAAACUGUAAGCGAUUAGCAUCAGAUGAGAGUAAAUCGGCAGCUCCAGGUUGCAGUAUUCAGAAGAAAAGAAGAGCUACGCUUACUGAUGUUACUAAUGUAUUAUGUGAUAAAUCCUACGCGCGCUGCUUCACUAGUGGGAAAUUCCAGAAAUUCAAGUCGGAGAAAAAAGGUCUCAUCAGAAAGAGUGUUAAGGUGACCCCAUCUGUCCCGGAAUCCAUGCAACAUGAUCAUAAUGAUACAAAAGACAGAAUUGCUGAAGAUAUAUCGAAAUUAACAGUAGCACCCCUAGAGGUUGCUCCUCUAGCAAAUGAUAUAGUAGCUAGUGAUAUUUCAAACUUGAAUUGGGAACACCAUAAGCGCACGAAAUUGGAAGAUAGCUCACGAAUUAAUCUUAUUUCUUGUGAAACAAGUGAGAGACCUGUGAUUGCUCAAACAUUUCAUACAGUGGACAAACUUCAAGACGAAACCGGAACUUCCAAGCAUCCAAAUGUUAUAGAUAUUGAUCAGAACCAAAAGGAUCCUCUUAUGUGCAGCCUUUACGUUUCAGAUAUAUAUGAGAACAAACGUGUUACAGAGCUUAAUCAAAGGCUUUUUGUCGACUACAUGGAAACAGUGCAGCAAGAUAUUACUCCAAGCAUGAGAGGAAUUCUCAUUGAUUGGCUUGUGGAGGUUAGUGUCUCUGAAGAGUACAAACUGGUCCCUGACACUCUUUACCUGACUGUAAAUCUCAUUGAUCGUUUUCUGUCUGGAAAUUACCUGGAAAAGCAAAAACUGCAGCUCCUGGGAGUAACCUGCAUGUUGAUUGCCUCAAAGUACGAAGAAAUGAGUGCCCCCCAAGUUGAAGACUUUUGCUACAUCACAGCUAACACUUAUGCCAGAGAAGAGGUAUUGAAUAUGGAGAGGAAAGUUCUCAACUUUCUCUGCUUUCAACUAUCUGUACCCACCAUAAAAACAUUUUUGAGGAGAUAUGUCCAUGCAGCUCAAGCUACUUACGAGGAUAGUUUGGUUGACUUAGAGUUCUUGGCGAAUUACCUAGCAGAGUUGACUCUUGUAGAGUACAACUUUUUGAGAUUCCUUCCUUCACUUAUUGCUGCAUCUGCAGUGUUCCUCGCCAGAUGGACGCUUGAUCAAUCUGAUCAUCCAUGGAAUCCAACUCUGGAGCACUAUACUUGCUAUAAAGCUACAGAACUCAAAGUUACAGUGAUUGCCAUGCAAGAUCUGCAAUUAAACACCAUCAAUUGCACGCUUAAUGCAAUUCGGGAGAAGUACAGGCAUGAAAAGUUCAAUAGUGUGGCAAAUCUCUCAUCUCCUGAAUCAGUUCAGUCUCUUUUCUGAAGUCUAAAAAUGUAGCUGAUCCAAUCCUGUACAAGAUGAGUUAAAGAUAAUUAUUCGUUGACAUCGAGAACGGCUGAUUCCCUCUAACCACAGCCACCUUCACAGUAGUUUUCUUCUUCUUCCUCCUCCUCUCAUGUUAAAAUUCUUUCAUCUGUUUAAUUUUUGUUGUAACGUCCAUUAUCGUUAAGUUCUGGCUCUCUCAGAACUCCUGUUUUGUUAGCCUGUUAGGUACCUGUGCAGCUGUGCUGUGGCAUUAACUUACAUAUAUUUGGAAAUGCCCUUACAGGAGGAGCUGUCCUUUUUUCUUUUUUUUUCUUCUUUUAAUCUUCUUAGGCUUCAGGAGCACCCAAGAUUUACCCAGGGUUGCUAUAAUGUGAACAUCUUGUAACUAAACCUGCAAUUAGUAUAUUCUAAAAUAAAGUCUUCACUUAAAUUAUCUGCUAA